GGCGUCACUCUAGCGAUGCGAGCCCCGGAUGUUUGCCUGUAGAAGCGCGCCAUUCGUAGAAGAAGAGAGUGGGGGGCGGUCUUUCCUCUUGUUUUUCGGUGUGGCUAAUUGCCACCUACUCGUUUCUGUACACCGGCAAGUUAGCCCGAUUUUUGCGGUUUUGCAAAACGACAAUCGACAAGCUAAGUGCGGCGUGUUGCAAGGAUAAAGCACGCUAUUAAACCCAGCAACACAAAUCGAUGUGACGCAACGCUGCUCUAGAGGGCUCCCCACAAACGGGAGAACAGAGCCGACCGGGCGAUGGAGAGAGGAAGGCGCAGCGUCCUGGAAGAUGGCCUGGGCAGAGACCUGAUGGACGCCGGGCGCUUUUGCUUCAGCUGUGAGCAGAUAUUUGCCAAUCGGAGAAGCCUCGAGACACACAGUUGUUCUGCGGCGAGUCACAUCUGCUCCUGUGGAACGGAGUUUGUUGAGUAUGAACACAUGCUAGAUCACAGCACUACACAUGAACCGGGUCACCAAGUGCUUGAUCAUGGAACAAUAAAGAAGCGCAGAAUUGAGAAGCGCCUGGAAGAGGAGGAGCAGCUGAAUCGGCUACAGACCGGCCAGGUGGUCUGGAAUGCGCCGUCUACAUAUUUGCAGCCUAAUUCACCCCUUACAUCAGCUGCCGUGAAGUCUAUGCAGAUACCGCAAGUGCCUCAACUGCAGCACUCUGUGUCACACACAUCUUUGCCCACAAAGCCCAAUAAAAAGGAUAUGCAGAAUAUUUUUGCAGGUGUUGGUUCGCCCACAGUGGAUCUUUGGACACUUUACCAGCCUGUUGUGCUGGUGCCAACAAUGCGCAAAUUUAACAAGACACAGCCUUACAUAUGCGCUAAAUGUGGGCAGUGUUUUACAACACGGUCUUCUCUCAUUUCUCAUCACAGCUCUCAUGUCACGGAUAAAGUUGCUGGUUGUAUAGGAUGUGGGCUGCUGCUCUCCAGCAAAAAGUUAGUGCCUCGCUUUCAUGUUUGUAAAGCACCCAACACCCUUACUACCAAAUUCAGAAUCAUCACUGCAAAACCGCUCGGGUCAAAGAUGGCAAAUGUAGCCUGUACAGACAGGAGUCCGGCCGUUGCAGAGCCGCUGCAGGCCGCUCCCUAUCUACAGCUCAAGAGCCAGAAUCCCAGCGCAGCCAGUAAAGGCAGUCGAUCCCCACUGAUUCCUUCCACCCUGCAGUUGGAAAAUCAGAAAAUUAGUACAUACAAUAGAAACAAGCAUAGGCUUAAUGUGUUUCAAUCCAUGCAGGGAAGGGGUCAGAAACUUGAUGCAUCAAAGUCUUAUAUCACUGCCCCCCUUCCAUCGAUGAGUCAUAGUCCAAAUCCCAGUUCAUUAAAUAAAAGCAGUAAUGGGUUUGCUCCCUCUGCCCAGUUUAGGAGGCCCACACAAUCUGCAUCUGGUAAAUCUGGCAAACCCAUGCAGACAUCCUCUGCAUCAAGUAGGUUCCCAUGUAGAGUUUGUCAUCUGCUUUUUGAAACUGCUCAUCUGCUACAAAGGCACAAAUGUGCCAAAGCACAUGAGUUUAUGGCAAAGCAGGUGCGAGUUGGAAAAGGGCAUUACAGACUAAAGGGAGUGGCCAGUGCAGCUAAGAUGAAUGGCGAGAGAAAGCUGGGGGUUCCAGUUUCUGGUAAUUUCAGGAAAAACAAAGUUGCCGUCGGUCUGGACAAAGUGCAAGGGGCGGGUUCUCUGAGCGGGAAAACAGGAGGGAACAUGGACGACGAUUGUUACAUAGUUGAAAGCGGACCAGACAAAUCUGCUGAGAUGAUCUACCAAGUAACCUCAUCGGUCCCCAUUAAGACUUGACACACCUGGGGAAGCACAUCUAACUUGCAGGUCAAAUAUUUUGCUCAUCGUGGACCAAGAGCAUUAAGUCCGUAGCGCUUGAAGAGCAUCUACAUAUUUAGCCUCAAUGUACGGGAACACAAGGCUUUCUUGCUGUUUCCAAACUUUGGAAGAAAAAUUAGUAUAGGAUUACUUGUGGCAACAAACAUGCAUAUUAAUUAAGCUGGAUUUAU